GGGCGCGGGGGGGCCGCGGACAGUGCGGGGGGGCAACAUGGCCGCCGAGGAGGUGCAGGAGCAGGUAGUCAAGCUGCAGGGCCGCCUGUCAGAGGCUCAGGAGCCGCGCAAGCUGCUAAAGACACUGAAGCGCCUGAACGAGCUUCCCAUCACAGUGGACACUCUCGCGGAUACAGGAAUAGGCAAGACGGUAAAUGGAUUCAGGAAACAUGAUGUGGUCGGAGAGUUCGCUAAGAACCUAGUCUCAAAGUGGAAGAAACUGGUACCACAGGAAGUAGAACGAUCCAACACUGAGAUUGAGGAAAGGGAUUUUAGCUACAGUCAAGGGAGCUCGAAGAAGAGACGAGAGGACACUUCCCCAGAAGAGGACAACAGACAGACAUUCCAGGGCUCACAUCGAGAGCGGUACGAUCCCACAUUUGAACACAACGAGAGACACAGACAGCCGCUCAAGGAUGAGAAAUCUUUCAGCUACAGCUGCCAGCUGCAAAAUGAUAGCUUUAGUGAAGAGGAGGAGAGAUGGACCAAAUCCCCUCCUGUGGAGGACUCUGACGGAAUCGAGUGUUCCGACGAAGAGCUUGAGGAAUCUGUCCCGCUGUCUAAAAACUUACACAGAUCACACAGGGAUCAUCAGAGCGCGGGUCGUGAGAAGGAACACAAGUCUUUACACAAACAGAAGCAACACACGGUCAUAAAGGGGGACGAGAGAUACAAACUGCCCUCUCUGCCUCCAGCACACGACAAAACACACAAGUCGUCCUCGAAGGAGCAGCAUAACCAUAGAGAGAGGGGAGAGCUCUCGUCAGUGAGUUCCAGUCAGAAGAAUCCUAGACCCCAGCCUGAUGAGAUGUUAAACGACAAAAAACACAAACACAGAGACUCGGAAAAACGGAAAUCUGACCGGGAAGAGACGAGGAGUAUUUCGGACAAAACCAAAGAGAAAUCCGUGUCCAGUAAACAAAAAGAACAGGCGGAAUCCAAAAAAUCUAGAACAACUGAGAAACCGCAGCCUGUGGCUGUCUCCAAGGACCCGGCUAAACCCCGAGCAGACGAUGUCUUCGAGGAGCCAACCAUGUCCUUUGAGUCUUAUCUCAGCUACGAUCAACCACAGAAGAAAAAGAAAAAGAUUAACAGGCCUCCCGUUGAGAAGGUGAAAGAUAUUCACCAGGAGAAGCUCAAAGUAUCGGAUAAACACAGUUCGAAAUCCGUCUCGAGGAGCUCAAACUCUUCCUCUCUCAAAGAGCCAUGCCCUAUAGAGAAGGAGGAGAAGAAAUCAAAGCGACGGGCUCGUGAUGACGUGCCGCGGGUUAAAGCCAAAAAGCAGAUGAUGAUUGACGUGGUGCCUGUGCUGCCAGAUAUCCCGUUACCACUCAUCCAGCCCAACUACAGACCCCUUCCGUCUAUGGACAUGACCCCAUUAUCACCCCCCAAAAGAAAAGCUGCCUCUGCCAUGUCUGAGGAGGAUCUGGGAUUCACUGGUCGUCGGUUUAACUCCAAGAUGCAGGUCUAUUCUGGCUCCAAGACAUCUGCCUACCUCCCAAAGAUGAUGUCGCUCUACGAUCAAUGUAUCCGGGUUCUGCAGAACAACGUAGAUUCUAUCCAUGAGGUGGGAGGUGUUCCGUAUGAAAUCCUGGAGCCUGUGCUGGAGCGAUGUACACCUGAGCAGUUAUAUCGUAUUGAGGACUGCAAUCCAAUCUUUGUUGAGGAAACAGAUGAAUUGUGGCUGAGACACUGUAAAAGAGACUUUAAGAACCAGGAUCCGCAGGAAUAUGAGUCGUGGCGAGAGAUGUACCUGCGACUGCACGACGAACGAGAGCAAAAGCUAAGAGCUAUAACCCAAAGCAUUAGUUCAGCUCACGCCAGCAAACCAAAGGGGCGACAGGCUAAGCUGGCUUUCCUGAACACAGAGGUAAAGCCACCACGAGAUGUCAGGCGCAGACAGGAAAAACACGGGACUGGAACACCGAUUAUCGUGCCUCCCAGGGUAAAGGUACACAGUCACAGUCACACAGGAAGCAGCAGUGCAGGAAAUCGUUCCUUUGAUGGUCCCAGCACCAGCUCCAGCUCUAGCCACGCGUCGAUGGCCAGUCUGACUCCCCCCAGCAGCGGAGGAAGCUAUGAAUCCAGGAAACCCCAGGUCAAAAAAAUUGCGCCAAUGAUGGCAAAAACGAUAAAAUGUUUCAAGAACCGUUUUAGUCGAAGAUAAAAAAAAAAACACUGAACGAACGAUGAAUUGAACCAUCCUCCUAACCAGCUCCUGGCACUGAGCUGCCUGCUCCCAUUUCGUGCUCUCGCUCAGCUAAUUGGUGCAAAUUGCAUUACCAAGAACUUUGUGUGGGCAGAAAUACACCUUAUCUUAAAAAAAUAUGUUAUUAAUUUACAUUUUAGAUUCAGAAGUAUCUGUUCAGCUCUUUUAAUUGGAGGUGGGGGGAGGGCUGGCUUUAC